UCACCAAUGGGCUUCAGUUGUAGAAAUGGCAGCGCUGAGACAGGAGCAUCGGUAUGGGCUCUCCUGUGGAAAAAUUAACAAAAACAACCCGAGUCAAAGUCUUUACCACGUCAAACUCACUGACACGGCCAUCCGGACCCUGGAAGCCUUCCAGAACCUGAAGGCUUCACUAUCAAACCAGCCAGUAAUUUGCUUCAAGGGAAGCCAGGGGUACAUAAAGAUCCCAGCACCGACCACUGAAUCUCCAGAUGGAUUCAGAGUCUUCUCAUUUUACCUUUCCAGUGACAGCAAAGACAAGCCUCAGUCCAGCUUUGACUGCAUUCACCAGUUUAUCUCAGGGGAGGGCAGGGAUCACUUGGAAAGUCAGGGGAGCAUUCAAGACAAGAUCACUGUUUGUGCCACAGACGACUCUUACCAGACCACACGCGAGCGCAUGUCACAGGUGGAGAAGGACAUCUGGAGCCGCACAGCGAUUGAGAUCAAGCCAGGACCAAGUAAGUGUGUGAAGGUGCAAAGGAAGCAGGGCCUGGUCUCCAGCUCUGACAGCAGUAACAAGCACUCCCCCAGCAACAAGAGGCCCCUGCUCCCCAGCCCGGUGGCACAUCGGCCCUUAAGGGAUCGCAUCAUUCAUCUCCUGGCCCUAAAGCCCUACAAGAAGCCUGAUAUGCUCCUAUGGCUAGAGAGGGAGAGGGCCAGCCCAAAGGACAAGGCUGAUCUGACCUCUGUACUAGAGGAGGUUGGUAAGCUGAAUCCUAAGGAUAGCAGCUACUCUCUAAAGGAUGAACUUUACAAACUUGUCCAAAGAGACUGGCCUGGAUAUCUGGAAGAGGAAAAGCAACUUAUCCACAGGCUUCUCAUCAGGAAACUUCAGCCACUGCACAAUAACCAAUCAAGGAGUCCCCAGUCCAACCAUUUGUUGCACAAAGGUCUUGGGGAUUCUCCCUCACGGCUCAGUCCUGCCAAAAACCUCUCAGUGAAACGGUCACUGGUUUUGGACGCUUCCAACAUCCAAACCCCCAAAAAACAAAGGCUGUCGGAACAUUGUCUCCCCCUGCAGUCGCCCUCUCAUGCAGACUGUGGCACCAAUGGGGCUCGUAACUCCUCCAGUCACGGAAACGCUUGUGCGGCGACAAAAACAGAGUUUGACAUAACCAAUAAUCAUCCUCAGGGAAACCCAGUUGGUUUGUAUUCGCCACACAAGCUCAGCAUGCCGUGUGCUAUUUCCAAACUAGACAAGACGGAACCGGCUCCCACUUUACCCAGUCCCAAGCCUCGACACAAUGGCACCUCUAUAUGCACUGCACAGCAGCUCGCCAAUGGCCAGCACAAAAAGAAAAGGUCCAAGAAACACAAAGACAAGGAGCGAGAUCGCUUAAAGCCAGACUGGAUUGAGACUAGUCCAGACCUGAAGCAGAACCAAGAAAAUGUUAAAGCUACAGACCACGAACGAGACAAAACACCUGUUAACCGAGCCGCAACUGAAGAACUGCCCGACUAUUUCAUAAAAUACAGCACUGUAACAACACUGGAGCAGCGGCAACAGUACCACGAUGACUUUUGUGCCGAGUACGAUGAAUAUAGAGCUCUUCAUGACAGAAUUGGGGCCAUCACGGAGAUGUUUGUUCAGUUGGGCUCAAAGAUCAACACUCUCACACCGGGAACACAGGAAUAUAAGCUCAUGGAGGACCAAAUACUACAAAAAUAUCGAAAAUAUAAGAAAAAGUUUCCUGGAUACCGGGAAGAAAAGAAACGGUGCGAGUACCUCCACAAAAAACUGUCGCAUAUCAAAGGCCUGAUCGCAGAAUAUGACCGAACACAGGGAUUAGUUUCCUAGUGACUGCACACUACCCACACCGGGUUGCAACAAAAGUGGACCAAAAGACUCAAGGUGGACCUAAAGACUGCCCAGCCAGGUCCCAGGGAUGCUGAGACACUUUAAUUUCCUCCACAGUGUCAAUGGAAUGGAGGGUGUAAGGUGCUCUGUCAAAAGUGGGCCUGGACCGCCUACUCGUGAUCAUAUGUUACCCUUUAAAGCUCUGUUUUUUCAGCUCUAUUUAUGGCUGGAAGAGCUGGUUUCAGUUCUGCUGUAAAACACGACAAGUAAAAAGGAGAGGCCAACAGAUGUGAUCCUCCUUACCUAACUACAUAAUUUGUAAUUAUAUUUUUAAACUGGUUGAAACUUUAAAGUGUCGACUUGUAAGUAAUUAAGUGAUGGUACAAUCAAACUUAGGGGUAUAAAAAAAAUUCCACCGAAGUGUUUAUAUUUAAAUACAAAAACUGUUUGUGGAUUUGAAGAUAGAAAAUAUAUUUAGGAUUAUGAAUGAUUAAUUUAGUACAAUAAUAAGAAACAUGCUGGCAGCAAUUACAUCGUGCUAGUUAUAAGUGCACUCUAAGGCUUUUUAAAUUAGAUUAAAAAUGGCAAAUUAAUCAUUUGUAGAACUUAGCUUGAUUAAAAUUUGUCAUUCAUCCAAAAACCUGCAGAACUGAGACCUGAUCUAAUAUUGAUCACUAAAGUAGGAUAUAUGGAGUCGCUGCAGAGACAAGGGUUGAAACGUGUGUCUAUGAACUACAAUCAAAAUGAAUUUUAUGCCUGCUAAUGUUCUGUCUCAUUUCUCCGAAAUGCCAAAAAAUACUCACAGUGGGGAAUUAUUGAAAACGUCAAAUUUGUCUUAGUCACUGAGGACGCUUUUGCCAUGAAAUUCGCCUGGAGGUCAGUAAUGACCCAAGUAACCCACACAUACAAAGAAUGGAGCACAAAUAAAUCCUUAAAUUAUAUGUAAUAAAGCAGAAUAGCACUUGUUAUAUGAAGUCUGGUAAUCUCAGUAUACAAAAAAAAAUGUCCCACAUAAUGAUUUUAUCACCUUGGAACUUCACUGUUUGUUUGUUGUUUUUAAAGUGAUUCCAGUGCAAUUUCUCCUCCAAACAUGGUGUGUCUAAUGACAUUCAAAGAGUGAAGCUUUGGUCUCAUCUCCCCUGAAUUCUCCUUGUGUUGUGUUUGGUCCGUCCAAAUGUACUGCUGCAAGUUUAAAAGGUCUUAGAUGUGCUUUUUUCAGCAGUGGAGUUUUGUGUAGUAAUUCUUACAGAAGUCAUGGCAGAUAUGUGUAUUACUUACCGUUUUCAUGGAAAACUGUUCCUGCUAGUUGCAGGUGUCUCUAAUGCUCAUUGACUACUUUAUGGCCCUUGGACAAUUAUCCUGAUUGUUGACUUCUUCUUAGUAAUCUUAAAAAGAGCACCUGGGUAUGGUUGGCUUAUGGUUAAAUGUUCUUCCUGCUUCUAGAUUAUGGCCUACAUUUUAGCAGCCAAUGUCAGGACUAUGCUGUUAGUGAUAUUCAUUUCCACUGAAAGACCAGUAUUUUUCUCUGCUUUUCAUGCAUUUAUUAACUUAAUUUUCUUCAAGUGAUAUUUUCAAUGUCAUUCCAUUUCACAUAACUUAUUCAGGGACUUGCAUAAUUCAUUUCUUUGUAUGUGUGGGUCACUUGGGUGGAUACGAACAUAUGGUGUAACUCAUGGUUCAUGUCAAAAAGCAGAUUAAAACUAUGUUGUUGAAAAUCACAUUGGUUCCACAAUAAUAGUUCCACUGUAUAUUUGCUGGAUUUCACAUAGUACUGUGCACUUUUAGAGUCAGUUUCACAAAUGUAGCCUACAGUGCCAUGAAUUGCCUUUCAAUAUGAAAUGAUCAACAUACUCAUCUCUCAAGUCUUCUGACCAUAGCUUUACUUCCAUAGAAAUAAUGCUGUUCACACUGUAGAUGGAUGAUCAUUUUAUUGUGUAAUUUUACUGCUGUUAAGGCCCUGAAUUAAGUUUAAUAGAAGGUUUGGCUAAAAACAAUGCAUUGCUACCUUCUAUGAGCGUUACAUUGAGGAGUUAUUCAGAGAAAUGUGACUAAAGUGUGUAAUUUAAGGAGUCGCAAGAGAUUGGUCCUGUGGGGUUUUUUUAUGCCCAAAUUGCUUGGUUUAAGUUUGUAGAGUAGUGAGAACACAAAAGGGAUCCACAUCAAGAUUUCAGACACUCUGAUAUAUAUCAAUGUGCAUCUGAUCGGUCACAACCUGUGCUUUUAAUUUUACCGGAACAAGCUCUGGUUCUGGUGUAGAAAUUUGAAUAUUUGUAGUUUUCUCUAAGCAUUUGCAUCAUAGUAGCAGUACUCACAUCUAUUGUCUUAAAAGUGACUUAUAAUGGAUGAAUGAAGUUAACGCUUGCCUUGACAUGCACUGUAUGUCAGACAUUUCCAACUUUCCUAGUUGCCCACGUUCCAAAAUGCUCCUGGUUUAUCCUGCAAAAAUCAGUGUUCUCAGAUCAUUUCUAUAAAAGGAUUUUAGUCCAAUUGUAAUUUUGGUUACUGGUUAAAUGUUGUGCUGAAGUUGUCUGUUUUAUUUCUGUCUGUGCCAUGUACUUAUGUCUUAAUUUUUUUUUUCCCAUCAUUUGUUGUCUUCUUGUCUGUGCGAUAAUCACAAACUGUACAGGAGUUUCUACUACCAUCCAGUUCUGUCAGAGAUUCAAAAACAUCGAAUACCUGCAGGAAUCUAUGUAAUUUGCUUCUGAUGAUUUCUUUGUGCAGCAGCUCUAUUGCCAAAAGUUUAGUGGCCAAAUGGUUUUUUUGGUUUUUUUCUGCAAUCAAAUAGACAUUUUUAAAUGCGGUACUCUGAUACGUUUGAAGGAUUUGAGUAACAAUAGUUAUUCUGUUUGAGCACAUAUGAAAUAAAAAAAACAAAAAGUAUUGGCACUGAUGACUGGAGGAAAAACUGUAAUCCCAUAAAGUAUAAACCAGCUUCAAAUACUAAAAAUCAUAAAAAAAUAAACAAGUAUAUAACAAAAUGCAUAAGCACAACUUAAGUGCAUAUCCAAAAUUUAUUGGGAUUUUGCAGUAUUCUACUAAAAAGUUGAAAUUUGAACAUGGUUAGAGCAAUAAUGAGACUCUUCAAAGCAUAGUUUGCUGAAAGCAAUACAUUUUAAAACCAUUUUCUUUCAGAAGCUUACAAAUAUGUACCUCUAACAUAGUACAAGUAAUAUUACACGAGGGAAAAAAAAACUCAUAACCUGUGACAUGUGUACCAUUUGUGAAAAAAAAACCCUACGUACCUUUUUCUUAUUUACCUGUUGCAGGAGCUAACUACUGAAGGUGCCUUUUCACUCAGAGAGCAGGUAGAUUCAUCACACAGUUAUUGUCCUAUGAGGGAAAAGAAAAACUGCCAGCGGUAAUUACAAAUCUUUAGCUUGACACUGUUGCCACUUUUUAAAAGUGCUUUGUUCUAUUUUUACAUAAUCUAAAAAGAUGCCUCUUUAAAUGCACAUACAGGCAUAUUUAAUAAAUUAGAUCAAAGUUUUCCAGUAAUAGAGACUUGGUCUUAUAGGAUUGAAGACCUAUUAGGAUAUCAACUCAAAGCCACGUCUGUUUAAAAGUGCUUUGAAGCAACUGUCUAAGUUUCAGUUUAAUUUCAUCUUCCAACUUGGCAAACUAUUUCCACAUUUUUCCAUUGAGGUGUGAUUUAAUAGAUUACUGGUACAGGAAACAAUAACACACCAGUGGAAAUGUGAAAUAAAAUCUUUUGUCAACUAUA